GCCGAUUUUGGCCCGCACUCCCCACAAACCCCAUGGAAGCAGUGUUGUGUCGCCUCUCACUGUUAGUUUAACCUAUCAGACCAGGGUCCCCAAACCUGCGGUACAAGAAUGGAGAUUGAAGAACCACAGCUUUGGCUUUCGGAAUAGUUUGAAUAUCCCGUUACUGUAGGAGCAUCAGUCUAUUUUAGAUCCCCUUUUGUGUAUUUUUCUCAGCAUCACCCCUGUCUCUCACUCCUUCACCCCUCUCCUGCAACCCCCACUCCCUCUCAUUCUGUCUCCCUCUCUCUUCUUCUUCUCUCCUUCUUUACUCGACUGUUCCUGGACUGAUUUAUUUGGCUCGGCGCAGCAGAGCUAGUGGGAAAGCACCUGGUUAUAUUUGUCGGCUGUUUAGGUUGGAUCUGCUUCAUGGUGGCUGACUUUGGAUCGUCUGAUUGGGUUUACCUGCACACACCUGUGCCUCUUGCCUCCUUAGCAUCCGGUUUGCUGUGAAUAAGGAACCAGUGAGACCUUUUCUCGGGAUAAAUAGACUUCACCUGUGAUGCAUUUCUCCCUUUCUCUCGUUGUUGGAGCCAAAGCACAGAAUUGGAUCUAAAGCUCCCACAAAACUUUGCAGCUCAACCUCGUUGCCAACAGAAGCCUUAAGUUUUCAGAGUGAUUUCUCCGUGGGUGACAAGACCACUUUGGUCAAGAGUGUUUCAGAAACAGAUGCCAAACUUCUGGCUGCCCUCCCUAAGGUUUCAGAGUUGAAGAAAUAUUUUGAGGGAGCCGUCACAAAGGAUUUGGGAAUGAACAGGUAUCUUUAGGAAGGAGAGGAUAGCCCGGCGCCUGGAGGGGAUUGAAAAUGAAGCUCCACCAGCGCUGGUGCCUGGCGGUUUGGUAGCCAACAGAAUGCUGGAGGAAGAUCCACCGCGCUACACCCGAGCCUCAGACCCCUGUGAGCCUUGUGUGAUGGUGAGGCGCUACAGCAGAGAGGAGCUGGAAGCACCUCAGAAGCAGGUGUCAUCUCCAGACAGAUCGCCUCAGGUCAAAAGUGGUGUUGGCAGCGGCCACCCAGAGCCAGCCUUGGUGUAUGUUGACCCAGUUACGUUAUCCACCUCCUCCACACCCACAUCUGGGCCCACGGACUCGACCAGUCUCAGUUCCAAGGCUGAACGCAUCGCCCGCUACAAAGCCGAGCGUCGCCGGCAGCUGUCCGAACGUUAUGGCAUCCUCCUGGAUCAGGAGGCAGACACCGAUUACACACCACGCUACCGUUCCCGGCGUAACCCAGAUGUCCCUGACCGACAAACGGGUGCCAGGCAAGACAGGCAGGAAGAGACGGAACAACGACGGGGGCCCAGGGUCCCAUAUCGCUCAGGAGUGGGCAGAGUUUACAUGAGGACUCACCCAGAUCCUGUUCCUGUUUCCACUUCCAGCUCCGCCCACUCAAACCAAGCCCCUCCCCCUGCUCAGGAAAGACCAAGAGGAUUCUCGGAGCGGGAAAGAGUGUUGAACAUGGAGAACUACCGGCGCGGUGGGGUGCAGGAGCGCUCAAUCACUUCUCGGAGCAAAACCCAGGAGGAGCACCUGACCCCACCCCAACAGCAGCCCCACCCCCACCGGGACGACGCCCACCAGGAGCCAAGCCCCGCCUCCACCAGCCAUUACAGAAUCGCAGCAGUGCCCAGCUCCCCUCGCACCGCCCGCCGGGCCUCCCUGCCCUCCACUCGCUAUGGAAUCUCACCUGGGGAUUUAUUCAUAGAGCAGCAGGCCCAGAGCAUCCUCAACAGGCAGGGAAUCCGAGUAAAGGAAAGAUUGUCCAGGGAUGAAACUGUCCAGAGACCCCCAGACUCCAGUCCAGACAGGCACCAGGCUGACAAACUCCAUACUCUGGGGAACACUGCACAGUAUUCAUCACAGCGCUCAGAACCCACCCAGCAAAGGACCGUUCCCCAGCCUCAGCCUAGUCCAGGCCACCAUCCUGCCCGUGGCCAAACCGCUCAUCCACCUUCAGCUCCUGAGUACCAACAUUCUGGCCCUGCUGUGGACACUCAGCCCUAUUUGGCCAUCCCUGCCCCAGUGGCCAGUGCCAAACUUCCUGGACCUCCUGAGGUACAACCACGAAGGAGAGUGAGUGCCGACCAAAUCUAUGCUGCCCACAGGGAGGCAAGAGUGGAGGCCAGACAGGUCCUGAAAGAAGAUGCCCCCACAGAGGGUCUGCUUAAGAGCAGGAAAGCUGUGCUGCCCUCAGAGAUCCGCCGACGAGAAAGAAGUGUGGAUGAUACUCAGAGAGGACGCCAUGAUGACAUGGACUGGCAGAACUACAGCCCAGAAAGAAGGAGGAGGAGUCAAGGAGAGGAAGACUGGGAUCGAGAGAGACCAAGAGAAAGGGGGAGGGAGAGAAAUGUUCAGAGGAUCAGAGAAAGAGGGAGAGAUCAUCUCUCUGGGCAUGACAGCCAUGAGGACAAAGUAUUUAGACAUUUGCAGCCUUCCCACACAUCCGUACACCAUCAGCCCAGACAGCUUCAAUCCUCGGAUCCUGUGUACCAUCAAGAGCCCCGCAAUCUGCAUCAAGAGCCUCCAGCCCAACAACCGUAUGAACCCACAAAGAGACAACUUGGUGCUCAAAUUCAACAACAAGAUCCUCAAAGGCAACAUCACUAUGACCAAUUGAGAGAGUCACAGGAGCCUUUAAUACCACAGCAGUCUCCAAGACAGCUGCAGCAUGAGAUCCCAAGACAAGAGCCUCAAAGUCGGCAGCAAGACUCCCUGAGAAAACAACAAGAGCCUCAGUUACAUGAAGACUUUGAGCCUCAGAGGCACCGGCAGCAGGAUCCAUCGGAGCACCAGAGGUUUGACUCAGCUGUUUACCUCCAGAAGGGCUCUUCUUUGCCUCAGGUCAAAAACAGAAGCGUGGAGAUAGGUGGAGGGCCCAAACCCAAGAUACGAACCCGCUCCAUGUCAGACAUAGGUGUAAGCCAGCAUUCUGCAUUGUAUCGUAUGGAGAGGGCAGCAGCCGGCAGAGAGACGCUGAGAGCCUCGCAUCCAUCAGGGAUGGCUAACGGGGAUGUGGGCACCCUGGACACCAGGGUAUCAGUAGCACAGCUGCGACACUCUUAUCUGGAAAAUGCCAACCGGAAACCGGAGCUAGAGACUACCAAAGUAGAUCUGUCAGCAAUGGAGGCAGAUCUGGCUAGCAGCACUGAUCGGGACAGGGGCGCACGGAGGCCUCGACGCUACAUCACUCCAGGAGACAGCCGCAUGUCGGAGAGGUUUAGGACCCAGCCUAUCACCUCUGCAGAGCGGCUGGAGUCAGAUAGGUCUUGUCUAAGUCCACAGUUACAGGAUGGUGAAGAUGAAGAAAAACUGGAUGAGAGAGCCAAGAUGAGUGUGGCUGCCAAGAGGUCUCUCUUCAGGGAGCUGGAAAGAACAUCAGAGGGAGGUGUUCCCAAACCACGAUCUCGAAAUGCUGCCGUAGAACGGCGUCUCAGACGGGUGCAGGAUCGAUCGCACACUCAACCCGUCACCAACAAGGAAGUGGUCAAUGCUUCAAGCGUCCAGGCCUCCUCCCAGCCAGGCUCAGCUAUCCAGGAUCAGGACAAGGAGACCCAGGAGCACCAGAAAGCAGCUCAAGCUCCCAGUGUAGGGGUGGAGGGAGGUGUCCAGGAGCCUGUCCAUGAGGAGCCUGACCUGUCCACCCUCAGCUUGACUGAGAAGAUGGCCCUCUUCAACCGCCUCUCACAUGUUACGGGCAAAACCUCCGAGGGCGCUCGAGGAGAGACACGUCAUCGCAGGGCCAACGCUCGGUUUCAAACUCAACCCAUUACCCAGGGAGAGGUGGAGAAGGAAGCUGAGCCGCCGGUAACCCCUGCAGUGUGUAACGGUGACUUAGAGGCCAAUCAGGGAGAACAUCUGAAAAAAGGGGGUGAGAUCAAACUGGAGCCCCUGUCAGCCUCCAUCGUCCGCUCUGUGGCAGCCGUCACCUCCCAAGCCUCUGUCACCACGGUAACCAUCAUGCCUGGCAGCAGCAGCGUCAGCGAUGGAGAUGGUCCCCGUCCAGGGAAGUCUACUGCCGUCUCCUACAUCCCUGCCCAACAACAGUCUUGCAGCACCACAAGCAGCCACCAGGAGAGGGCGUUGAGGUAUUUCUCCAUGACCCAGAGCGGAGACCCUGGCCACCCUGAGCGAGAGCUCAGCUCCUCCCCUCUCCUCCCUGAGAGCCAAGAGAGAGUGGGGGCUCCUCUUCCUCCCACCUCCUCUGCUGGUCACAGGCUGCAGGCGGAGGCGGUGGAGGAGUGCAGGAGAGAGUGUCAGGAGGAGGAGGUUAGGGGGAGACAGCAGGGAGGAGCCAGAGAAGACAGCCAAGAGGGCAGCAUUAAGGGAAAGCUGCACUCCCCCGACAAGGACCGGGACGGCAGGGAGCGGCGGCAGCAUCCCCAGCUUCAGCACUCUGCCGAGCCCUCUUUGAGCAGGGGCGAGUCAGAGUCUCUGCCCAGCUGGAGAGCCACAGACGGUGACUCCCAAGAGAAUUGGGAGAGAGUGGAGGGAGGAGGAAGAGGAAGAGGAGGUUACCUGAGAGAGACAGCUCACAGCUCCUCCAGACAGGAGCAGGAGAGGAGCCAGGCUGGCAUCUCAGACUUGCCUGACCAUCCUGUGCCACUGAGGCCUCUGAUAGCUAAAGUGUCAUCCAGGACAGUGUCUCACGUGUCAAGCAGCCAACAGCAGCAGCAAACCAACGUCCAGCCUCCUCAGACUCUUCCUAAACCCUUCGCACAACAGCCUCCUCCAACCCUACCCAAGCCUCUGUCCGACAUCCAGCCCUCCUCCCAGCCCCCCACAACCUACUCCAAGCCUUUCACUCAGUCCCCGCAAACCCAGCCAAAACCUCAGAGAUUCAUCCAGUCUCUCCCUAAGCCUUUCCCACAGACAGGCCCGCAUCCUCAGCCCAAACCCCAGGUGCCUCCUCAGACACCUCCCAAACCCCAGUCCUUCCCCCAGGCGCUAGUCAAGUCCCAGUCACUGCCCCUGGAGCACAGUGAGGACUUCAGCAGGCACAGUGUCCAAUCUGGAGAUCUGCUGUCUCCCACAGAGUCUGGAGACCUUCUGUCUGACAGCAUGUCCUCCAAACAGAUGUCCAUCAAGGAGAGAGUGGCACUGCUGAAGAAGAGUGGUGAGGAGGACUGGAGGAACAGGAUCAACAAGAAACAGGAAGUGGUAAAGGUGGCAUCCACCGAGCAGCAGGCUCAGCAAUGUGAGACGGAGCAGACGGGCCAGAAGAAGGAGGACGGGGUGGUCGCUCAAGACCCCUCUGCCAUGUCUGUGUCUGAACAGCUGUGGGAGCCUGUCUUCUCUUCCACCUUUUCUCCUCCUAUCUCCCUCGGUCAAAAGUGUCAGUACACCGACCAUCAUAGUCAGAAGAUGGGAGAGGAAAUUGAGGCCCAGAUGACCAUUGAAGAGAGGAAACAGAUGAUUUCGAUUCGUGAGGAUGCGUGGAAGACCAAGGGCAAAGGAGCAGCCAACGACUCCACGCAGUACACUGUGGCUGCACGUAUGGUCAAGAAAGGCCUGGCCGCCUCCUCCUCGGUUAUCAGUCCCAUCCUGUCGCCGGUCUCCACCAAACUCAAGAGCGGCAUGCCUGCUGUCAACAAACCUCAAGAGGAAAUUGAGGCCAGGCCAGAGAUGGAAUCUGAUAAGAAACUAGACAAGCUGGAGAGCUUUUUGGGACGUCUGAAUAGCAAAGUGGCAGGUCUGCAGGAAACCACCAUAACAGUUACUGAGAAGGCAGUGAAGGAAGUGAUGAAGCUGGACGACGAAAUCUUCUCCAAGUUCUACAGGCGCGUUGCUGAAUUUCCACGCAUGCCGAGCAGGAUCGAGAUUACCGAGGAUUUUGACACCAUCUUUGGUUCUCAGGGUCCCAAGUUGACUUCGGCCAUGGUGCAGCACAAGCGCUCGGUGCGUCCGUCCAGGAACGUCCAGUCGUCCAGAAACCCUCUGAAGAUGCUGGCGGCCAGAGAGGACAUCAGACACGAGUACACCGAGCAGAGACUGAAUGUGGCACAGCUGGAGAGCAAAAGGAUGAAGGCUGAGAAGAGUGAGUGUGAGGUUAGUAAAACCUCUGAGUACUCUGAGGCUGCGCUGGCAGGUCUGGCCAGUAAGGAGAACUUCAGCAGUGUGAGCCUGCGCAACGUCAGCGUCUCUGAGCAGAUGUCCAACAACAGCGCCGUGCCGUACAAGAACCUCAUGCUGAUGCAGAUCAAAGGCCGCCGUCAUGUUCAGACCAGGUUAGUGGAGCCGAGAGCGUCAUCGCUCAACAGCGGCGACUGUUUCCUGUUGGUCACUCCAGAGCACUGCAUCGUCUGGAUCGGAGAGUUCUCAAACGUCAUCGAGAGGGCCAAGGCAGUAGAUUUGGCCAACUUCAUCCAGACGAAGAAGGACAUGGGCUGCAGGGCGAGCCAGGUGCAGACCAUCGAGGAAGGGCCCAACCCACAGAAUCCAGAUACCCAGCAGUUCUGGACAAUCCUGGGUGGACAGACUGCGUACCAAUCGGCAGGUCCACCAGAAGAGGAUGAGCAGUUUGAGACCGCCAUCGUGGAAACCAACUGCAUCUUCAGACUGGUGGACGACAAACUGGUUCCUGAUGAUGAGGAAUGGGGGAAGGUUCCUCACAGCUCUCUGCUGCAGUCCAAGGAGGUGCUGGUGUUUGACUUCGGCAGCGAGGUGUAUGUGUGGCACGGUAAGGAGGUGACUCUGGCCCAGAGGAAAGUGGCCUUCCAGCUCGCCAAACACCUUUGGAACGGGAUGUUUGACUACACCUGCUGUGACAUCAACCCACUGGACCCGGGAGGCUGCAACACACUCAUACCCAGGAAGGGCCAGGGACGCCCUGAUUGGGCGAUAUUCGGCAGGCUGACAGAGCACAACGAGACAAUCCUGUUCAAGGAGAAGUUCGUGGACUGGACCGAAGCAAAGUCGCCAUCACCAAAGGAAAGCAGCGAGCUCAUACCCGAGCAGAAGGAAGCACCCAGGCGACAGUGUCAGCCUUACGACGCCACCCUGAUGCUGCCCGUCCUCCAGUCGCCCAUUUCCACCAUCGUGGAUGGCAUAAAUGUCGGCCGCGGCUACGGGCCGGUGGAGACUGAGGACCACAUGAGGACUCAGGAGAUCAGCACAGUUUCAGUGGAUGUCUGGCACAUCCUGGAGUUUGACUACAGCCGUCUGCCACGACAGAGCAUCGGCCAGUUCCACGAGGGAGACGCCUACGUGGUCAAGUGGAAGUACAUGGUCAGCACCUCAGUUGGCCGCCGGCAGAACCCCGAGGCGAGGAGCAGCGGUCCGGGGAAGGAGAAAUGCUGCUACUUCUUCUGGCAGGGUCGACACUCCUCCGUCAGCGAGAAAGGGACGUCAGCGCUGAUGACGGUGGAGCUGGACGAGGAAAGAGGGGCACAGGUUCAGGUGCAGCAGGGAAAGGAGCCGCCAUGUUUCCUGCAGUGCUUCAAUGGAGGGAUGAUCAUCCACGCCGGCAAGAGGGAGGAAGAGGAGGAGAACACUCAGAGCGAGUGGCGCCUGUACUGCGUGCGCGGUGAGGUGCCGGUGGAGGGCCACCUGCUGGAGGUGGCCUGUCACUGCAGCAGCCUGCGCUCCAGGGCCUCCAUGAUCCUGCUCAACAUCAACAAGGCCAUCAUGUACCUGUGGCACGGCUGCAAGACGCAGCUGCACACUCGCAGUGUUGGAAACACGGCCGCACACAAGAUCAAAGAACAGUGUCCACUGGAGGCAGGUCUCCACAGCAGCAGUAAGGUGACCAUCCACGAGUGCGAUGAGGGCGUGGAGCCUCCGGGCUUCUGGGAGGCUCUGGGGAGAAAAGACAGGAAGGCCUAUGACUGUAUGCUGCAAGAUCCGGGAAAAUUCAACUUCACCCCACGGCUUUUCCAGCUGAGCAGCACAUCUGGAGAGUUUGUGGCGACGGAGUUCUUCCAUCCGUCCCGAGCUCCAGACCUGGUGAGCUCGCUGCCCUUCCUGCAGGAGGACCUGUACAACGCAGCACAACCUGCCUUGUUCCUGGUGGAUAACUUCCAUGAGGUUUACCUGUGGCAGGGCUGGUGGCCUCAGGACAGCGAGAGCACCGGCUCGGCUCGCAUCCGCUGGGACGCAGACCGAAAGUGUGCGAUGGAGACCGUGCUGCAGUACUGCAAAGAGAAGAACGAGAAGAAGCCUCAGAAAUCGUAUCUGAUCCACGCCGGUCUGGAGCCGCUCACCUUCACCAACAUGUUUCCUAGCUGGGAGCACAGAGAGGACGUGGCUGAGAUCACCGAGAGGGAGGCGGAUGUGUGUAACCAGAUCAUCCUGGUGGAGGACGUGUUGGCUCGGCUCUGUCAGAACACCUUCCCUCUGGCUCAGCUGCAGGCCCGGCCGCUCCCAGAGGGAGUGGACCCGCUCCGCCUGGAGAUCUACCUGUCUGACCAGGACUUUGAGAAAGCUUUGGACAUGAAGAGGGAGGAAUACGAAAGUUUGCCAGGGUGGAAGCAAGUGAACUUAAAGAAGGCCAAAGGUCUGUUUUGAGCAAGUUUUAAAGAUCAGAGACGGCGUGCGAAGCGGACAGAAAGUGAGAGGGUGGAGAUGGAGUCACACACCCGUUCCGGGCGUGAUAACAUGCGAGGACAGAGAAACAAAACGUACACGAAGGAUGGGACUGGAGGUGCACUCGGCUUGCUUAUAGUCAUGUUUUACCUUUUACCUGUCGUUGCAGAAGAAAAUGAAAUUCAAACAUUUUAAGAGGAAGCGAAAAGACGUGUGUGUAUGUGAAGUCUCCUGCAAACACUGAAGUCGGCGCCGAUGGACUUGUUGUCAGAGGGUGCCAUGCUGUGUGUGUGUGUGUGCGUGUGAGUGUGUGUGAGUGAGCGUGUGCGUGUAAAUGUUUUUGUAUGUGCAUUUUUCUAUCCAUGUGAAGACGUCAGAUGUUGUGAGGAGAGUUGUUACUUCUCCUUGUCUCCAGUGUCUGGAUGCCGUCAGGCCACGCAGUUUGAACUCGUGUUGCUCGGUUUGGUCUUGAAAACUGCUGAGGUGAGUCUGACUCGCUGAGCCUCCCGAGAGCAGAGAUGUAAGAGUUGUAAUUUAAAGGUUUUUGACUUUUACGAGAAAGAGAGGCAGCAGCUUGGCGAAUCUGAAUGUAUAGUGCCUUGCUUUUUGUGUACAGUUUAUAUACAGAAAUUCUAGUCUGCAUUUUUAAAGACUUUCUUUGUGAUAUAAGACAUAGUGAAUUAAAUCACAGUGAAGCUCAA